UCGAGAGACUGAAUUUCGAUUGAUUCACAGCAACAACAAAAAAGGACAAGGACUAAGUAAAGCGUAUACGUAUUUCAGUAAUAAGUAGUGCCAAGUGCAAAACGGAUUUAAAACGAGAGCUAGAAUUAGUUUUGAUUUGAUUUUAGAGACGGGAAAAUCUGAAAGUGCAUCCCUUACUACGAGAAAAUGGAGGUUUCCCAAUCUUGGUGGAUUGUUUUAUCUUUGGCCUCAUUUCAGGUACAUUUUCUUCCAUUUCAAGUAGUGGCACUUGUAUCUUUCUCAUCAGGUUCCAAUGGUUGUGCUCCUGGAUGGGUGUUUUUUAAUGCGUCCUGCUACAAGCUCUUCAACGACAAAGGCACAUGGUCUGAAGCAAGGCGUGGAUGCGAGGCUCAGGGGUCACAUCUGCUAACAUUUAGUAGCGCUGAAGAGAACGACUUUGUCUAUAAAACAUUUACCAAAUCGAAAUCUGUUUGGAUUGGGCUCCAUCGUAACCCAGUGGAUUUCUAUUGGGUGACUGGUGAGGAUUUAGUUUAUAAAAACUGGAUAAUUCCGAAUGGCGAUAACCCUGAUGAGAAAUGUGUCGAGAUGACAGACUAUGGCAGUUAUAAUGGAAAAUGGAAUGAUCUGGGUUGUGAAAACAACUUAGAAUAUAUAUGCGAAGAAGAAAAAUCACGGGAAGGAGUUUUUGAAAUCAAAAGGGGCGUGGCUCUAUAUAAUCACGUGAUAAGCGAAGUCACUUCCCUCACCGACAUGGACUGUGCCUUGCAAUGCUUGCACACACAAGACUGCAAAUCCACCAAUUAUUACUCAAGUUUCUCGCCGAGCUUUUGCCAGCUAAACAAUGCUGUAAUGGAAGACUUUUCUGAUGAUGUGAUCGAAGAAGAGGAUGCAGCAUAUUAUGUUAAGCUCUAGAGGUUUUACGUGAGAGUGGCUAGAUGACAGAACGAUUGAAUCGCUUUGCAUUCUUAAAUAUUUUAGAUUAUCUAUUUCUUUGCAUGUUGCUCAAAGUACGGAAUGCUCCGUCACUUAAAGGGAAAGGUAAGGACUUUGUUGUACUUUGGUGGUUCGUUCAUUUACUAAUGCUGACUAUCUCGAAGUCGACGUUGUUCAGUAUACACUUAUUUCAAUAAAGCCGGGGUCACCUGAAAAGCUAUAAAGCUGAGGCCGACAAGGAUUAUGGGUAAAUUCAUUUUACAAGUUUAACUGCUU